AUGUUUGGAAGAAUUCAAUCAUUUCAAAUCGUCAAACUUCUCACAAGUGUUUGUUUCAUUCUUAUGAUUUACAAAUAUUUAAAUGAAUAUCCAAAUCCUGAUUUCACUGAUUCAUCUUAUAUCAACUUAACAUUCAAUGCAUUAAAACACGCUAAACAUGAAGAAAUGAACUUUAAAACACAAUAUCAAUUAACAGGGAUUAUUGUUUCCUCUCAACACUCUCCGAAUAUCAAACCAUUACUUCACUAUUAUCUUGAAACGAAACUUUUCCAAGAAAUUAUCAUUUGGAACGAUGAUCCACAAAAGAAUUUAACUCUAAAUUCUCUUUUAAAUAAAAACACAUCAUCAAUUCGUAUUCAUAUCAUCAAUUCCAAUAAAACUCUUCGAGAUCAAUCAAAAUAUCGUGCAUGUGCAUUAGCACAAACACUUGUUUGUUUCUAUGUCGAUGUUGAAUGGAACAUCAAAUCAUAUAUUCGAAGUCUCAUAUCAAGUUUUCGAUCUGAUCCAAAUGUUUUACACACAACAAGUGAUUUGUCGAUGUUUUAUAAGAACAUGUUCAAAACAUAUUUCGACGAGUCAAUUGAUUUGCAUACGGGAUUUGCAGUGAUGAAUAGAGGAAGUGUGUUUUUACGUGAACAUGCACAAAGACAUUUACAAUUUUUAGAAAUUCAUUUCAAAGAUCAUCCAGAGUUCUGGCUAUUUAGUGAUGUUUAUUUUCCGAUUUGGUUCAAUGAUAUUCCAACUCAAUUAAUAGUUAAUGUUCAAUCAUUGCCAAUUACUGAAAAUCAACGUAAAGCUGAUAUUUAUCCCAUACGGAAAAUCACUGAAUUACAACAAACAAGUUCUAUUCUUGCUCUUCGUCAACUAGAAUCAUCUUUACGUUUAAAUGAACGAAAAACCAAUGGAACUUUCCCUCGACAUCAACAACGUCGAUUUCCAUAUCUUAUCAAAACAUCAAGUCCAACUGAUGAGUUCAUUUUAUUCAGUAAUAUUCUUGCUUUUGAUAUUUCGACUCAACACACAAGACGUGGAAAUGAAUUCAAAUCGAACGAUUCUAUGGAUUCGAAUGUAACGAAGGCGAUUGAUGGUGAUGAAACAACGUGUUGGAAUCCACGAAGAUUUGUCAACAAAGGCGAUUUCUUUGCUUUUGAUUUCCAUUCCAUUGAAACAAAUAUCAUUCUUCUGCUAAUUGUCAAUCAGAGUGAAAAUUUUCGAAAUUAUUUAGAUAUUCAUGUGUCAUUUGAUGGUCAAUGGUGGAUUUCUUCUCCGUUAUUAUCUCAGCAAAUCAAAUCAGAAAAGUUUAUUGACAAUUUCCAUCGAUUAAUAAUCGAUUCGAAACACUUUCCACUCCAACUCCGAUCAUUUCGUUAUAUUUCAUUCAAUGCAACACGUUAUCUCUCCGAAAGUUUUUCUCUAUGUGAAGUCAAAUUGCUGAAAUAA